AUGGGGAGAGUGGUUACUGGACCUGAUGAUCCUCUUGUGUUGUAUGUGAGUGGUGGCAACACUCAGGUGAUUGCUUAUAGUGAAGCUUUGCUAAGAAAAGAGGGAAGUUUAUUGAUCUUGCCUAUGCUGUUAAAGGUAUGGAUGUGUCAUUCCACUGAGGAGAAGCUCAAGAGUAACGACUAGUGUACACCAGCAGACUUGUGUUACUCACUUCAGGUGACGUUUUCUAUGUUGGUUUGAGAGUCUACCUUUACGCAGCAGUUUCGUACGGACGAGGUUCAUGCUGUGUGGCGAGAGAAGGAAGAGAGUCGUUGAUCUGAUUACUUGGUUAGUAGCAGCUAAGAAGAGGCUACUAA